AUGUUUCUUCUGGGAUCUAUCCCUGCAGGAAGCGGGCGGAUCAGACUGGUGAAUGGGGCAGGUCGCUGUGCUGGGAGAGUGGAGAUUUAUUACAAUGGCAGCUGGGGGACAGUCUGUGAUGAUUCCUGGGAUCUGUCAGACUCCAAUGUCGUUUGCAAACAACUGGGAUGUGGACGCGCCAUCAAUGCAACUGUCUCUGCUCAUUACGGGGAAGGAUCCGGGCAGAUCUGGCUGGAUGAUGUGAACUGCUCUGGAAAUGAAUCCGAUCUUUGGGACUGUCCUUCCAGGGGCUGGGGCCAGCACAACUGCAGACACAAAGAGGACGCAGGAGUUCUCUGCUCAGAAUUCACGGAUUUGAGGCUGGUGAGCAACAGUGAUUGUGCUGGGCGGCUGGAGGUUUUCUACAAUGGGACAUGGGGCAGUGUUUGCUCCAAUCAGAUGUCUGGAGUCACCCCAGCAAUUGUCUGCAAACAGCUGAACUGUGGGGAUAGAGGGCAGGUUGCAAGAGACUUUGCAUAUGGAGCAGGUUCUGGUCCCACAUGGCUGGACCAUGUUGCAUGCAGUGAGCAGCACAGGUCCCUUUGGCAGUGCCCAUCAGGCAUAUGGAAACAGCAGUCCUGUGAUAACCGAGCAGAAGAGACCCAUAUUUCUUGCAGUGGAGAAAAAGAGAAACCACCUCAGACCCUGUUUGCCGAAUGCCCGAACUCGACAAGCUGCACAGAUCAGGAGAAGUUACGUGUCAUGGGAGGAAAGGACAGAUGCUCGGGGAGAGUGGAGGUUUGGUACCGUGGCUCCUGGGGAACAGUUUGUGAUGACUCCUGGGACAUGGCGGAUGCUAAUGUUGUGUGUCAACAACUGGGCUGCGGAUCGGCUCUAUCUGCCCUGUGCGACGCUGCAUUCGGCGAGGGUACUGGUCCCAUCUGGGUGGAGAAGGUGAACUGCAGAGGGACAGAGUCGUCUCUCUGGGAUUGUUGUUCCAAGCCCUGGGGUGAAAGUAACUGUGACCAUAAGGAAGAUGCUGCUGUGAAUUGCUCAGGUGUGACAGAGACGACAGCAUCACUGAGUAGAACAGCUCCCCCGCGCCGCCCUCCGACCAACAGUGGAAGAGUCACAGUGCCCGUGGUCAUCUGCAUUAUCCUGGGAGCCCUGCUCUGCCUGGUCUUAAUCAUUCUGGGGGCGCAGGUGCGAAGUGCCAGGGCAGAGCGCAGAGGCUCCAGAAGACCCUUGGACCCUUUCUCUGAGGCCGUGUACGAGGAGAUCGAUUAUAACCUGAUGAGAAAGAAGCAGGAAAUGUUUGAUCGCUCAGUUUCCUAUUCAGAUGACUCAAUGACAAAGCUGCAGUAUUACACCAGGGACAGCGAGGGGGAAAAUGGUCCUGGAUCAGAGCAAGAGGGAGCUUCCCCAGGGGGGUUUCAGAUGGAUUAUGAUAAUGUGGAGGAGCCUGCCUUGAGGAACGUCCUCCAGACUCCAGACAGCCGAGAGGUCCCUGCCCUGCCUGGAGAUGACCCAGGGGACGGUUAUGAUGAUGCCAGAGAAAUUUCUGACCCUGAAGACGACCCUGGUUCUGGACCGAGUGCCCAGGAAGUCACGGGGGCCCAUGGGGAAAGUGUCAGGAACAGGGAUUCACGGACAGGCUGGAGUCUGCACUCGCUAAGAAGUGAAGGGGCCUCUGGGGCUGAGAGGGAAGCCCUGUCCCCACCUUCUCAUGACCCAGGUUAUGAUGACGUUGAUGAUGGCAUCUCUGGGACAUCAAUAUAAGAAUGGCUGGGUUCAGAUCAAAUAUCCUGUGAGGAUGUAAAUGCUGUAUGGUUAGACUUUUCCUGUCCCAAAUGCUUAUUGACCCAACGGGGUAUUGGAGACAAUCCCUGCCUGGGAACUGCUUCAAUUAGCUUUUUGAUUUCAGUUUUGUUUAGAUGCAAGAAAUAAGUCUGACUGAGACAGGGGCUGUGAUUUCCCCUCUAAUUUCCCAUUGAUCAGACAGUCUGGAACUUCCCUGCUUUUUUGUCCCUAACACUUCUUCAUUGUGAAUUUUUGCUUUUUCUUAUUAAACCCUUUUUGAAGAUC